UGGAAUUGAGUCAAGUUUGAUUUUAGUGUAACGUCGUAGAACAGACAAAACAUAGCUAAGUUAAGUAGUAGCAAAGAUUGGGAAUGAAAGAAUGACAAGUUUAGGUAACAUGAGAAAAGGGAUAAAAUAAAUAAUUUAUUUGCAAACAUAAUGGAACCGAUAAUAUUUUUAAAAGAUCAAGAACUUUUAAACCGAUGUAUAAUAAAUAUUACUUCAAACUUUUGUUUCCACUGGUAACCUUGAAGUGUGUGUGGAGUCGGCGCGCUGCCUGACGCUGUGGUGAUGCGCAGGUGACACGCCGAACCGCUGUGAUAUAUGUAAGAAAGCGUUCACACGCAAGGAACACUUUCUGAACCACGUGCUGUGGCACACAGGCGAGACGCCGCAUGCUUGCACGCUCUGCGGUAAGAAGUACACCAGAAAGGAGCAUCUGGCUAACCACCAGCGCAGCCACACGAAUGACACGCCGUUCCGUUGUGAGGUGUGCAGCAAGGCGUUUACUCGCAAGGAGCAUUUCACCAACCAUAUCAUGUGGCACACUGGGGAAACGCCGCACAGAUGUGAUUUUUGCUCAAAGACUUUCACCCGCAAGGAACACCUGCUGAACCACGUGAGACAACACACAGGCGAGUCCCCCCACCGGUGUAACUACUGCACCAAGAGUUUCACACGGAAGGUACAUUAUUUACUGGAACACCUGGUGAAUCACGUAAGACAACACACGGGGGAGACACCAUUCCAGUGUCAGUUCUGUCCAAAGGCUUUCACGCGCAAGGAUCACCUGGUGAACCACGUAAGACAGCAUACAGGAGAGUCACCUCACAAGUGUUCCUACUGCACCAAGAGUUUCACGAGAAAAGAACACCUCACAAAUCACAUACGACAGCACACAGGAGAAUCACCCCACAAGUGCUCGUACUGUUCGAAGUUCUUCACAAGGAAGGAACACCUGACCAAUCAUAUCAGGAUACACACAGGCGAGUCACCACAUCGUUGUGAGUUCUGCAGCAAGACGUUCACACGCAAGGAGCAUUUAACGAGUCAUUUACGGGUCCACUCAGGGGAGACUGAGCACAACUGCAACAUCUGCUCCAAGCCGUUCGCCAAAAAGGAGCACUUGAUAAACCAUAUGCGGUGUCACACAGGAGAGCGUCCCUACACGUGUACAGAGUGCGGCAAAUCCUUUCCGCUCAAGGGGAACUUACUCUUCCACCAGCGUUCACACAACAAGGGCACUGGGGAGAGACCCUUCCGAUGUGACCAGUGUCCGAAAGACUUCACCUGCAAGGGUCACCUCGUAUCCCACAAGAGGAGUCACACGGGAACACCCUUUAUCUGUGAACAGUGCGAUAAGAGUUUUGCAAGCAAAGAGAGCCUAGUGGAACAUUUGAAGGUGCAUGAGGACGAUAUUGAGGAGGUCGAUCCUUUAGGUGAUGACGGUUGUCCAAUCACACAACAACAGCAACAACAACAGCAGCAACAACAACAACAACAAACAGUGAACUCCUUGUCACUGGAGACGAUGGCUGUGCUUCCUCCCACCACAUCAGUGAUGGUUCCCCCGCCACCCCCACCACAACUACACCCUCCUGUUAUUGUCCCAAUGCCCAACACAGUGCUUGCCACUUAUUGACUAGCCUCCGCUAAAGCUGCACAUUCUAUUCUCUAGCGCUGCCAUUUAAUUUUAGUGUAAGGAAUCGUUCGUAACAGGUCUUCCCAGUCGCAGCAUAAAAACCAGUAGUGGUGUAGAAUUUUUUUAGGUUUAUAAAUAAUCCGGUGCUUCAGACCAAUAAAAGAGUUAAAUAUAUUUCUAUAAAAAAGAAAAAUGUUAUAUUGUUUUUAUGGUAAAUUAAAUAUUUAUCUAUUUUUGAGAAAUCUUAGUUGAACUUUCAAAUAAUUAAGUUUAUAUUUAAUAGUAUUUUACUAGAUUUAGUUUGUGCAAACACAAACUCACGUAGUUAAAUUUUAUAAAGUUAUUGUAUCUUGUUGGAUAUUUUUUGUUUGUUUUAAUAUGUUUGGUUAAAAAUUAAGUUUACAGAAUUAUAUUUACCUUAAAUUAUUUAUUUAGGUAAGACUCCCCAGUUAUUAGUUUUACAUAUUGUUUAUUUAACUGUUAAGAGCUGCUUAACUAAAAUGUUCAUGGAGCAUUAUCAUUAUAAUAUGUGUUAAUAAUUUUAAUAUUAAUAUUAUUAUUUUAAUAGUAAUAAAAAACUAGUUUCUUACUAUCCAUAAUUAUUUAUUGUGUAGGCAGUUGGAUCUAUUUUUGUUUCAAUCUCUGCUAAGUAAUUAUUUUAUUUAUAUUUUAUUUUGAACCAGAGUUGUAUAUAUUAUUAUCUUUAACAUAUCUAAUAUAUGUAAAUUUAUUGUAAGUAAUGUUUGCAAGAAUAAAACAAACAAAUUCUAAGCAAUGAACAUUUAUAUUUGUUCAGUUUAGUUUUUUUCAAUAAUUCAGUUCUGUUUCUGACAUAGUUAUGGUACUUUGUUUUAGGAUUAAUAAAAUAUUAUAUGUAAGUAAUUUGAAUGUGGAAGAUCAAAAUUCUGGAAACAAUAGUUGAAAGAAAAAUAAGUCCUGUACAUAAUAAUACAUUGUUUAUGAAAUAAAGAAGGAUUCAGAACAAAUUUAUUUAUAAAAAUAUGGCAAAAACCAAGUAUUUUUCUGAUGAAUACUACUUUGUCCUUAGUGUACAGAAGAUGCCCAUAAAGAACUUGUGGCUCUCUCCCUAAAAAUGGGCAUAAGGAAAAUAUAAUUUUAAUCAACCAUACGUUAUGUAUUAUUAGAAAAAAUAAUUACAAUAGGUUAUCUUAUACAAUAAUUAUCAUUCAAUUUUCACAUCACAAUUUAGAAUGUUUGGGAUCACUGUCUAAUUAGAUUGUGUGAAAGGAAGGUGCUGCCAAAAUAAUAUAAUUGUUAAGAGAAUUUUGUAAGUGACAAACUGUUGGAAUCUCUUGGUGUACAGUAAAAAUUCAUUUUACUGUCUCCAGCCCAUGUUUGAAAACAAAUUCAAAAAUUUAAUUUUACAAUGUUUAUAGGUAAAGUGUUGUGGAGUUAUUAUAAUUUGGGAUGUGGUACAUAUUUGUAUUUUAUGUUGUUUAAAACAUUUAAUUCUAAACUAAGGAAAUCAUUAUAUUAUGUAUGUGACAAAUUCUUCAAAAAUCAAGUAAAAUUACCAGCUUUAUAAUUAAAGUUUUAUAAUUAAUUUGGUUUGAUUUUUGAAUUUUUAUUGAAUGAAAAUUAAAUGUUUAUAACAAUUCUAAUUACUCAAGAAAACUAAAUAUUUUUUGGCUUGUUUGUAUUAUAUGGUUCUCUAAGAAAAGCUCAGGAAUACACAGGAAUGUAAUUUUUUAAGACAUUGCAUUAAAUUGAGGCUUUUUAUUGAUUAUGUUUUGUGUGUGUCUCAGGUAAAUAUUUUUGAGAAACUUAUCUUAUUAAACUUGUUACAUUUUCAGAACUGGAAAUAGUUUUCUAUUUGAAAGUAGUAGUCACUUUGUGCCAGUUUUAUGUACAAAACACGAAGCAUUUACACUUUUAAUACUAGCAAAAAGUGUUAAAACAUUUUAGUUAAAAAUAUGAGUUGUACUAAAAAACAUUGGAAUUGACAGAACAGCUUUAUAUUAUAAUAUUGUUUGUAAAUUCAAACUUUACUUAAUUCACAUGAGUUAUUAAAAACCUCAAUUGUGAUAACUCAAAGUAAACAUAGUUACUUAGAAUAUUAUAUCAUUGUUUUUAAUUGUUAUAUGUUUUAUCACAUCAUUGUUAAAAUAACUGAAUAACGUUCUUACUAUUAUAUAGAAAAUAAUAGUUUUUACUCAAUAGAAUUAUAUAUUAAGGUUUAACCCUCCCCCAGUUGAAUUACCGCAACAUGCUUCUGACUAUACUAGGCAAAAUUAAUCUAGGCACUUUACAACAAGAGAACACUUUACAUUUUUAAAUAAUAAAAAUGUAUUAACUGUCUUGGUUGUUCCAAGCCUAUUAAGUUCUCUACGAUUAUACUAGGUACAAUAAGCAAAAUAAUAAUAUGGAUUUUGCUGUAACAAAGAAGUUUUUCCCGUCUAACUUUUAAUAUUAGAACAAAAUUAGACUUAAUUAAUGAGUAUUGUCUUUACUCCAUUUUUAUUGUUACUCCAGAAUAUACUUGUAUGGAAAACUGCCUUCUAUUAAUUUUAUACAUCAAAAUGAUCAUUGAGGUAGCAUAAAAAAGCUCACUAAAGAAGGGCAAUAUUUCUCUGAAUAAAUUAUUUCAUGAGCCUUUAAAAUUUGCUGUACAGAUGACAACACAAAAUAUAGAACCAAUGAUAAAGCAUAUAAAAGCGCUUAGUACUGUAGUGUCAGGCUCUUAGCCAGGAGAGGGUUAAAGGGUACAUUAAAUAUUGAUACUAUUAUUGUUAUAAAAUUUACAAUUUUCAUCGAAACAAAAUUAAUUUACAUUUUAGGUAUGCCUUGUUAAAAUGUACCUUGAAUUGAACAUUUUCUGUAAGUAGGCCGAGUUACCCACUUAAAUCAGAAAUUUGUACAUUUGUACAAACUAUACAUAAUUGUACAUACUCAACAAAGUCUUUGGUGUUUUGAUGUUACAGUAACCUGAAUGUUUUUUGUAAAUAGUUGAAAUAUUUGUAUAUUGAGAACAGCCAAUUUAUGUUAUAUAUGAAUAGUUCUAUUUAUUUGUUAGGCCGAACUAUAGCUUUACCUAUCCGAAUUGCAAAGAUCUGUGAUUAAUUUUGUUUCUUAAGAAUUUAUUUGAAAGAAUGUUUAUUGGUUGUGUGUUUAUAAUAGUUUUGUAUUUGGUUGUGCAAUAUAGUGUGUAUGGUCUUA